AGCAGAGUCAUCCUGUGAUGAGGAGUGUGAAGGUCGUGGUGGUGGGUGGAGGUGUGGUGGGCUUCUCCACGGCUGUGUGCAUCGCUGAGGCCCUCCCCUACUGCUCUGUGACCCUCAUAGCUGACAGGUUUACCCCAGACACCACCAGCGACAUGGCUGCUGGGAUCCUGAUUUGCUCACCGUUCCCAGGUGAGGUAUGGGCAUCUCUUUACCCAAUUUAUUAAUAGUUUAUUAAGUUCAUUAACAGUCAUUACUUUCUAUUGGUUUCUGACCACUUCAUGUGAAUUGGUGUGGAACUAUAUAUGCUCUUAGCUGUACUAGGCCUAUGUGUUACCGCAUUGUGUUAAUUAAAGUAAAUUAUGAAAUAAUUAAUUUUACCAUGAAGUAAAUUCAUCAGAAAAUAUCAUCCCCAGUUGAUGUGAAUUUUACUCUACACUCUAAAAAGUAAAGGUUCCUGGAGGAUCCUUUAGGGGUUCUUUAAAUUGAAACUGUGGGGGAACCCCUAUAGGUUCUCCGAAGAACCCUUUAAAAGGGUUCUUUAAAGAACCCCUUUUAAUGGAUCCUUGAAUAACCUUUUGGGGUUAAUUUUUGAACUACCCCCCCCCUCUUAUUUUAUUAUUAAAUAAUAAUAAUACACAAAAAAAACACUAUUUUAGUGGCAAAGCAGAAUAAAAAAAUCAAAAUAUGAGGUAAACUCCUAGCAGAGCCCGAAGUCCAAUGGGUAUAUCCUCUGGUGUGUUGAUGUUAAUGUGUUGAUGUUCUCCGUAUCCAUAGCCAGAAUGACUUUGAAGUGUAUGGUAAUCAAACAGGUUUCCUGUUAUAUUCAUCAGAGGUGUAGGGAGGGUGAAGUCUGUGAAUCCAAAAAAUAGUAAUUAUACAGAUGUUUAACAAAACAUGCACACAACAGUAUUCAUACCUUGGUUUUUGUGAUAAACGUGAAUGAAGAAAACUUUUGAUAAUGGUUUUCAUACACAUACCAUGUCCAUAAUGUAGAGGCCUAUGGGAUAUUCAUUGUAGAGGUAAGGGAGGAGGAUGGUACAUGUGAUCUGCAUAACAUACCAAUACCAAUUGACAUACCUUCGUAUGCCUCCACGUCUGUAUACCUGCAGACAGACACAAAAGUGAGCAGUUCAGUCAUCUGCACCCAAUACAGCUAUCCUUCAACAUAUUCUUAUAGCAUACAUAUUCGUACCUGUUGCUUGAUAUCCAUUGAAUUGUGUCCAUUUUCUGUUUUAGAAAGAUUUGCACAAAUAUGAAAAGAUAGAUGGUAUCAUCAUAAAACAAUAUACAUUUAGAUCAUACAAGGGACAAACCUUAACUGAAAAAUGUAAAGACCUCCUCAAUUUAAGGUAAGUUCCUGCACCUGCAGUCCUUUCAAAUCCAAAUGUUUCAGUUGGGCAGUUAGUUGGUAGGGGUUCUUGCGGGAACCUAAGGAGGUUCCUCGAUGAACCCCACCUCCUAUGGGGUUCUUGGAACAACCUUUUGGGGGCAAUUUCUUUAGGGGGGCAACCCUAAGGUUCUUUGAAAAACUUUGAGGAUCUUAGAAGAACCCUUGUUGAACCCCUAAUUUUUAGAGCGUACAUUCCUCUCUCCCUACAUCCCUCUCUCAAUCUCUCCCUCUCCCUACAUUCCUCUCGCCCGACAGGCGCGCCGCACAGGCCGCGCGACCGCAUGGCACGCCGCCCGACAGGCGCGCGCCGCCGGCACAGCCGGCGCCGCACCCCCGCGCGAAAGAAGAAGGCCGCAAGCGCCCGCGGCCGAAGACCCCGCCCACACGGCCCGAAAAGGCCGCCGAUCCCACGACUUGCUCCCCUAUCGCUACAUCCUCUCCCGACAUCUCUGCCCUCCCUCCAUUCCUUCCUCCCUCCAUUCCUCUCUCCCUCCCCCUCCCUACAUUCCUCUCUCCCUCCCUCUCCCUACAUUCCUCUCUCCCUCCCUACCUACAUUCCUCUCUCCCUCCCUCAUUCCUCUCUCCCUUCCUCUCCCUACAUUCCUACAUUCCUCUCAACCUCCCUCCAUUCCUCUCUCACUCCCGACAUUCCUCUCUCUCUCCCUACAUUCCCAGAUAUCCCUCUGGAACGGCAGCAGAGGUGGUUCAAGGAGACGAUUGAUCACCUGCUGGCUAUCGCCCAAUCAGAACAGGCAUCAGAGGCUGGGGUGCUGCUCAGCUCAGGGUAAGGAUCCUCAACCAUAAAGGAAUGGAUGCUAUAUAGUGCACUACCUUUGACCAGUCAGAAGAGUAGUGUACUAUACGGAAUAGGGUGCCAUUUCAGAAGCACACAACGAGUCAGCCAGUUCAAUAGUUCUCUGACAUGCAUUAAUUCAUUUGAAAGUCCUACUGGUUGAAAACGCUCACCACUGUGGUUUGGUUAUAACUGGUAUUGAUAAUUUUUUUAGAUGGCAAAUACACAAGGAGGUCCCUGCGGAUAAGGUGCCAUUCUGGUCUGCGUUUGUGCUGGGUUUCCGAAUCAUGACAGACCGUGAACUGAAACGGUUUCCCGAUCACAAGUUUGGCCAGGCGUUCACCACGGUGAAAUGCGAAUGUUCUUACUACCUGCCAUGGAUGGAGAAGAGGUAAAUUCUUGGUCUUAGCUUGUUUUACUUCUAUACUAUAGUCAUGUGUUAAUCUAUUAACAGCUACUGUAUCAAAAACACUGUAAGGGCUACUCUAUGUACUUCAAAGUAAAAUAUGGAUGACUUUUUUUCUUUCAAAUCUUUUAUGACGGACUUUUAAAAAACAACGUUGUUUCAGGUUUAGAAAAGCAGGAGGCCAGGUUGUGAAGCAGAAAGUAAACGAUCUCCAGGAACUAAGCAGCCAGGGCUAUGACGUCAUCGUCAACUGCUCCGGUCUGGGUGCCAAGUCUCUAGUAGGAGACUCUCAGGUCUACCCUGUCAGGGGGCAGGUCCUCAGGGUGUGUAUACAUACAUACAUACAUACCUACCUACCUACCUGAGAGGAGAGCUUGUAAAUAAGCAUUUCAUUGUGCUGUGUACAUGACCGUAAACUUCCAUUUUAUUUUGAAGACCCAGGCCCCCUGGCUCCAACACUUCAUCCGGGACGGGGAAGGACUGUCCUAUAUCUACCCAGGGAUGCACAGCGUGACAGUGGGCGGCACCAGGCAAGUUUAUUACAAAACAUAAUUUCAUCAUGAAAUGAGAUGCUCUUUACAUGAGGAAUACUCUGAAAUAUACACAACAUUACAUAAUGAUAAUUUAGAAAGGGGGAUGCCUUGGUUCUACCACUAAGAACUACACAACAUUUCUAUACCUGUUGUCCACUAGAAGUUCAGUCUGUAUGCUCUCGAGAAGAGACAUAGUUGUCUUUUUGUGUGGCUGAUUGGCUCUGUAGGCAGGUGGACGACUGGCGCCUGGAGGUGGACCCAGAGGACAGCCAGGACAUACUGGAGCGCUGUAGCAGGCUGGAGCCAUCCCUGAGCAGGGCCAGGAUCCUGGGGGUGUCUGUGGGGCUGAGACCCAGUAGGAAGAAUGUCCGGGUGGAGAGAGAGAUGGUCCUUCUGGGGAGCCGACAGGUACCGGUGGUGCAUAACUACGGCCAUGGGGGCUGGGGGGUCACUCUGAGCUGGGGCACGGCCCUGGACGCAUUGGGGCUGGUCAGGAAGUGUCUCCAUGAGAUGCGCCCCAGGGCCAGGCUGUGA